UACUUCCAUCACUUUCCCAUCCACUACUGGUAAUGACGAUCACACCAUCCUCCGCAAUAGCAAGCGGAGGUGGACAAAUGACAACCGGAUCACAACCUUUGCGAUCUUCUCAUAAUCAUCACCAUCCGUAUCGAUUAGAAGUCCAUGCAGUCACUUCCGUUUCAGUUUCUUUAUUAUGGUCUCAAAGACCUUUCCCAUUGAGUGCGAUUCCGCGAUCAAACUUUAGGCAAUCAAGAGGCGUAUCUGGUGCUCUAAAGGCAAACAAUGUACCACGUGGCUCACCUGUUCAACGGAUUCAAGCGAACGAGAAUGUGACCAGCAGUGUAACAGCAAGCAGAAGUCCAAACAGGAAGGUGACAAAGGUAACAGUUCGCAAUAUCAGCCCGGCCAAACGUGGUCGUGGCGGCAAAACAUCCGUACAGAGAAGGGAUAGUGAAGAUUGGCAAUCAGAUGAUGCAGCCACUGCUGUAGACGAAGAGGAUCAAUACAUCCAUGAUGGCGCUAACAAUGAUAUGGACAAAACCCUAGAUUUGGACACACCACAAAGUGGAUCGCUUUUAGCAAGUCAUGAUGAUGACAUCAUCACACCUUCUGAAGCAUCCGAUGAUCUGCGCUCCAAUAUACUCGAUUCUAGUGUCACUGUUUGCAUUAAUGGAGUUCCUUGGAGUAAGGUGGUCAUUGGCGAUAGUGGAACAGAGGAAGCAUUUAUUGUGGUAUAUGGCUUGAAUCCAGGCAGAGAUUAUGAGAUGCAUGUCAAUGUGGAAGACAAACAAUCUGCUAUCUCUGUCACUACAGAAGUAGAUGAGAAGCGAUCUUCGGAUGCAUCUGCAAUCGCACAGCAACUGCAGACAAGCGUUGACAGAACGAGCACAGUAGCGAGUGGAAAUGCGGUACAGAUACCUCGCAUCAAACGAACACACACACCACCUAUGCAAGACACCAGCGAAUCUAUAAGCAAUGACGUACCCGAUACGAGUGCACCAGUAAUUGCAAGCAGCUUGACUUCAAACGGAGCUGCAAAAGUUGCGGCAAUACAAGCUGCAGUACGGAAAGCACGCAAGGACGCUUCUCGUGCUGAAUCGGCUCUACGGAAUGAGAUUGAAGCAAUCAGACGAGGAUUGGAACGAAUGAGCGACGUAGAUCAUAGAAGCAAACAAAAAGUAUUAGCGUUGCAAGAGAGCAUUCGUCAAGCGACUACACAGUCAAAGGAUAUCGAUGAAGAGGCAAUUGCGGUCGAAAGUGAGCGGGAAGUAUGGGAAGAACGUGUGAAAGAGAAAGACGACGAGCUAGAACAAGUGCGUACUGAAGUAGAAGAAAAAGUACGACUGAGUCAGUCCAAUAUUCGUAAUGAUACAGAAGAGAUAGAAGCAUUGGAAAAGGAAUUGCAACAUAUCAACAAAUCUAUAGAGGACAAGCAGUCUAAUAAAGAAAAGCUUGAAGGCGAAAAGAUUGUUGAAUUGGAGCAAGAGCUUGCACGGAUCCAUAGCGAAAUCGAACUUACCUUACGCAGGCCCUCUUUACCACCUACUGCGGGCUUCUAUGGAAUGAUACCCCAGCAACAACAAUCUCAAGGCGGCGCAUUAAUUCCACCUCAAGUGGGAAGAGGAAGGGGAGGUCGUGCGUCCCGUGGAACAGCCAGAGGAGCUGGCAAUUCGGGUAACAGCGCAGCCAACCCAUCUUCACGCAAGCAUCAAAAUCGACAAAACCGUCAUCAUGGCCAGCAGGGUGUGGGUCACCAUGCUGCGGGAGGCAGCAGUGGAAGUGGCGGUGUCGAGCAGGAUAGUGCAAUGUAUGCUCCUUACUCACAAGACUACCCAAAUUUUUCCCAGCAGAAUGCAGGAGCGCAUUCAUCCAUCUUGAAUCCAAACAAUCCCGAAUUCAUUCCAUCGAAUGCACUCGGAUCAGCGUCUAACAGUCCAAUGACCAGUCGUCGUGCUCUUUAUCAACCUGCUGUCGAUCAUUCCCCUACAAUUGCUGGUCGAUUCCCAUUUUCAUCUGCUCCGUUCCUUACGGGUGAGAAUGACAAUUCGCGCAGAGGUUCAGCAAGUCAUUUGGACAUCCCAUCAACAAAUCACGCAAAUACGAGCAGCAACAUUGGUCACUCUCCCAAUACGAACACCUGGCUUGGAGGGACAGGCUCACCUUGGGCACCUGCUUCGAAUAGCUUAGCACCUUCGCCACAAGUUCAACAUGAUAUUUGGGGCGCACCGGGCACUACAGCAGGCUUGCCGGCUACAAAUUCUCCCCACUUGGGUAUCUCAUCGAGUGCUGCGCCAGGUGGUCCUUCCUCGACGAUACGAACAAAAACCUCCAUCCCUUUCGGAUUGAAUGCAUCGCUCUUGCGAGGAGGCGCAAAUCCUUCAUUCACCCAGAAUAGGUUCGGAGAUGAUUCGAAUCCGUUCAUGACCGCAUCUCCGAAUCUCAGUCAAGCCAAUCAAAACACCAGAGGUGGCAGUGGAUCUUUGGCAGAAAUCAAUGCUUUGUAUGGCUUUCAAGAUGCCAAAUUUGGAGGCUUGUACGGGCUCGGACAACAUGAUGAUAGCGUGACAGGCGGAAACAGUGCACCCGUUAGCCCAACACAGGCUAUCAGUGAGGUACCACAAAACAUCCACAAUAUGUUACCGGAUCCUAACCAUAAUGAAAGGAACCAGUAGUCUUUCCUUCCUUUACUAUACUGUAUUUUUAAUCCUAGAGAUCAUUGUCACGCAAUUUAUAUUUUACCGCAAGCGAGUGUCGAAUUUGUGCUUUGAAGCCGACAAUAUGGCAAUU